UUUACGGAAAGCAUAUUGCACGGGUUGCAUCAGACUUCGUAUGGGGUGGAAAUUGUCGGCAGAGAAAUAUCACUUUUAUAUCUCCCAUGCCUCAGUUCCAUCACAGAUUCUCUAGUUUUUGAGCCAUCCAGGAGAUUUAUUUUAAAGAAAAAGACAAAGAAGCACAACUACAGUCAUGCCGUUGUCGUGUCGAUUCUACGAGCAGCACUUUCCCGAGGCUGAGGAAGUCGUGAUGGUCAAUGUCCGAUCAAUUGCGGAGAUGGGAGCCUACGUUCACCUACUGGAGUAUAACAACAUUGAGGGCAUGAUCCUUUUGAGUGAGUUGUCCAGGAGGCGUAUCCGCUCGAUCAACAAGCUGAUCCGUGUCGGUAGGAACGAAUGCGUGGUGGUCAUUCGUGUGGAUAAGGACAAAGGUUAUAUUGAUUUAUCCAAAAGAAGAGUGUCAACAGAAGAAAUCUCCAAAUGUGAAGAAAAAUUCGCAAAAGCCAAAACAGUCAACAGCAUCUUGAGACACGUCGGAGAAAUCCUCAAGUAUGAGAGUGAUGAGCUACUUGAAGAGUUGUACACAAAGACAGCAUGGCACUUUGACCGGAAGUACCAGCGACCUGGCUACGGAGGAUAUGACGCUUUCAAAGCCUCGGUUAGUGACCCAGCGGUGCUCGAUGAAUGCAAUCUUGAUGAAGCGACGUUGAAGGUGUUAAUGGAGAAUAUUCACAGAAGGCUUACACCGCAGGCUGUAAAAAUCAGAGCAGACAUUGAGGUAGCAUGCUAUGGCUACGACGGUAUAGAUGCAGUGAAAGAAGCCCUGUUCAAAGGCUUGGAUCUCACAACAGAAGAAAUGCCCAUUAAGAUCAACUUGAUCGCACCUCCGCAGUACGUCAUCACGACGCAAACAUUGGAACGCUCAGACGGACUACAGAAACUCAACCAAGCCAUUGAGCAAAUCAGAAAUUCCAUCCGUGCAAAUGGAGGUGUCUUCAGUAUCAUCAUGGCGCCGAAGGUUGUCACUGACACAGAAGAGAUUGAAUUGGCCAAGCAGCUUGAGAAACUGGAACAGGCUAACGCCGAGGUCGCCGGAGACGACGAUAACGAAGAAGAAAUAACAGGGAUGGGCGAUGACGCUGAUGAAUAGAUUCCAAAAAAUGUGUCGAUAGAAUUUUUUUAUUAGAUAAGUUUGCAGUAGCACCAUGUGUAAAUCUCUUUUGAGUAGUCUUGGUUCUGAGUUCUGAAA